AUGACCGCCGAGAGCCGGCUGCCGCCCGGCCCCCCGCCGCUGCCCCCGCCGCUGAAGGCGGACGCGGCGCCGCCGGGAGAGGAGGCGGCGGCGGUGGCGGCGGUGGCGGCGGGGUCGCGGGGCGGGCGGCGGCGCCGCAAGCGCCCGGCGGAGCGGGGCAAGCCUCCGUACAGCUACAUCGCCCUCAUCGCCAUGGCCAUCGGGCAGGCGCCCGAGCGGCGACUGACGCUGGGCGGCAUCUACCGCUUCAUCACCGAGCGCUUCCCCUUCUACCGCGACAGCCCCCGCAAGUGGCAGAACAGCAUUCGCCACAACCUCACCCUCAAUGACUGCUUCGUCAAGGUGCCAAGGGAACCCGGCCGCCCCGGCAAGGGCAACUACUGGACGCUGGACCCCCACGCCCGCGAUAUGUUCGAGAGCGGGUCUUUCCUCCGCCGCAGAAAACGCUUCAAACGCAGCGACCUCUCCACCUACCCGGCUUUCCUCGCCGAGCGCCCCGACGCUCCCUGCCGCCUCCUCCCGCUGCCCGCCCCGCCGCCCCCCGCCGACCUGCCCCCAGCUCCCGCCGCCUCCUGCGCCUUCGCCGCCGCCUUCCCCGCGCAGGGCUGCGCCUCCGCCGCCCUGCCCCACGCCUACGGCCCGCUGCCCACCGCCCCCGGGCCCUACGCGCCGGCAGGUCACGGACCGCUGUACGCGCCGUCGGGGCGCAUCGUGCUGCCCGCCUCGCCGCCUGCCCCCGCCGGGCUCUACGGCCGCCGCUCCCCCGCGCCCUUCCCGCCCCUGCCCCACGGCUACGGCGCCGGAGGACACCUGGGCACCGCUGAGCCCGGACCCCGGCACGGCGCAUACCCCGGCGGCCCCGACAGGUUCGUCCCGGCGCUCUGA